CUCCGGCCGGUGCCGAACUGUCGAUUGACCCAACUCCGCUACAAAGCCUAAAAAGAAGUGAAAAUCAAAGUGAAAUGGAAGAGUCAGAAAUUGAGGGUGGGCAUAAUGAAGGAAAUGAUGAUGAUAGUGGUGAUGAAGGCGGUGAUGAGAAAGAAUCUGAUGAAGAAUCUGAUGAGGAUGAUCAAGAUGGACACCAUAACACUCCACCAUGGCGUCAUCCAUAUUCGAGCUUCCCGCGACCAGAAGGGGGUGAGACCGUUCUUACAGAGCUGUUACUCAUUUUCUCGGAUUCAUGA